AUGUCGAGGAAAAUGGACUACACGGAGCUGCGAAUGAGCAGCCUUCUACUGAGCUUUCAGAUCAGUUCACUGGCGUUGUUUUUCCUAAAAGGCGGGAAGUUGCCGUACGUGGCUUUCAACGAAGGAGCUCCAAAUUAUUACCUGGCAAACGAGUCGAUUCAAGCGGCGAUUUUGGGUGUUGGUAGCGAUCGCACGCCGCCCGCAUACAUUUGCGGCGAGAUCAUCUUCAUCGAUACUUUCCAGGCGACCGAGGAUUUUAAGCCGUACCGCUUGCCGUACGGAACGCGCUUUCAUGUUGUGACGGUCGCGAACCCGAAGAGGACGUAG